AUGAUUCGAAGAAGGUACAAAAAUUUCAACGACCCCCGAGACAGCGAUAAAACCUUGAACCUAUGCUUCCUGGUUCACCCGAGUUACUACACAGUGUUGGAGUUGGAGGAAGAAGAACUCAUAAACAAUGAAAUACGAAACAACUUCCUACAGGUUGUGAGGAAAAUUCAUUUAUAUGACAAAACGGAGCCAAAAAAAAAUUACAAAAAAACAGAUAGCUCAGCCAGAGAGCUAAGUUCUCUCAGAAGCUGGGAAUUAUUAAAACACACGUAUAAAUUUAGGAUGCCCGUAUUAUUUCAAAAUGUGGAAAAAUUUAAUUUGCACGAAAAUGAGGUGAUUAAUUACUUUUCGAUAAAUUACUAUGCGAGGAAAAAAAAUUUAGUGAGAAAUAAUAAAAUAAUGGCAACAGUAAAUAGGGACAGGUGUUUUAUCAUAGACACGGAUAUGAUUUACUCCAUGACCCCAGAGCACAUUGCGAAGAAUAUCGGGCGUAGCAUAGUACCAGUGGGGAAAAAGGUACUUAGGAGGAGGCCAAGGGUUAGAAGGGACAAGGGGAUACUUUUCUGUGAAAGGAAGAGAAGGCGUUACAAUGAAAAUGUGUUGGUGAGGGAAGACACCGGGGAGCCGCUGCUUGGUGAGAAGGAAGCAGAAGAGGCCCAACUGGAAGAAGUACCGACGACACAGGGGGAGUCAGACAAAGUGCUAAUUUACCUGGACCCGUUUUGCGGGGCGGGAGGAAAUAGCCUAAAUAUGUCUCACGUUUUCACCAUCUCCUCAGACAUCGAACUUAAGCGGGUAAAGGAAUGCCAACAUAAUUGUAAAUUUUAUAAUAACAACGUAGAUUUUAUUGUGUGUGAUUUUUUUAAUAUAGUAAAUUCAUUUAGGGAGAAUACCAUCGAUGUAGUUUUUCUGAGCAUCCCGUGGGGAGGACCCUCAUACAAAAAGGAAAAAUAUUUUAAGUUAGAUUACCCAGGGGAGAAAUUAUCUGUAUAUUCCUGUUUGAGGGAAUCCAUAAAGUUAACAAGAAAUGUAAUUUUUUAUUUGCCUCGAAAUGUGCGUAUGGUGGAUUUGUAUGGGUUGUUCUGUUACUACCAAAAAUUGGCCAAUGGAAAAAAUAAAUUAAAAAGCGGAAGCAUAUCGAACGAACUUUUUAUCGAGCUGUAUUCCAACAGAGUUAGGUGCUCAGUAGACGAACAGCACGACAACAGUAUGCAAAAUUUUCACUAUUUUUUUAACAAGCAGGCAGACAUGCUAGGUAACGAGUUCAACAUUGGGAAGCAGGGAAAUUUGUUCAGCAUCAACAUAGAUGAGUGCAACCAAUUUUUGAAUCUGUCAAAGGGACAAAGGGAGAAGAGGUCCACUGGGCAGGUGCAGGAUAUUUACAAGAUUAAUGUUAAUGGGGAAGGAAACAGCGAAGGAGACGCAAGUGUCGAAACGACAGGGAGCGGUAACGUCACAAAUAAACACACCCCUUGUGGCAGGAAGAAGAAACCAGCGUCCCUGUGGAAAUGGCACAACACGUGCAUGGUUGUAUACCUGGGUAAGAUAACCAAAGUGCUGAAAAAAGAAAAAACGAUCAAUUAUAAUAGCAUAUACUACCUGCACAAGGAGUUAUCCAAGUGUAACAUGGAAAAGGUGAGAAAGAGAGGCGAGGCGAAUUUUUCCCUAUACAGAUUAUACAGAUAUUUAUGCAGUGAAAAAAAAAACGCCAUUCAGAAUAUCACGAGGAAAGUUGAACAGAGAGAAAUUUAUGUAAACGAAAAUGAAAGAACGUACAAUAUUUCAAUUAAUCACAGAAAUGUCUUUUUGCUAAAUUACUUUAUCGAUAAGAAGUUAAACGAACUAAUGAGCAACAUUUUUGGCCUUUUUUUUAAAAAUGUAAAAAAUAUUAUGGGGUUUGAAAAAGUCAGCUUUUUAAAUAAAGUAUUCAUUAACGUGGGCAAUUCCGUCUUUAGCGCCUUGACGAGAAAAUUAACAGCAGGAGAUAACGUGAAAAAAUAUGAAACGUAUAUUUAUUCAGACAUGUUGGGUAAAAGUUGCGGGCUACACGUAAUAACAGAUUAUUUUAACAUGAUUUUGAGGGAAAUUAAAAAAGUGAUGAUCAUUCUGUUUGGCAUUUAUUUGCACGACAUCAGUUUUAUGAAAUAUUUUUUUAAAUUUUACAAGGGAAAAGUACCAAUAAAAAAAUUGAGAAAUAAAAAAAGUUUGAAAAAUAUCCACUAUAGUAUUGUUCGUCUUCUGUUCAAAUUUGUCCUCUACAUUACUUUGUUUAAAAAUGUGCUAAGCAAUAAUAUCAAGUUGGAGGAAUUUUUCAGCAAAAAUGUUGUAAAUACGGGGUUGCAGAAUUUAUUGGAAUAUUUGGACAUUGCAAAUAGGGACUAUAAUUUUAUUAAGCAGAAAAAUAAAAAGGACUUUUCCUUUUCAUUUAAAAAGUUAAUCAAAAAAUUUAUUACCCUUUCUGUUGACGUGGAGAUUAACGGAAGGGUGAUACGCACGGAGGAGGUUACGAAUCUGUACUUCCGCUUUCUGUUCAACGUGUGUAAGCCGAAUGUUCUGCUUCACGAAUUGCAGAGUAGUAUUAGCGAAGACGAAGAUCAAGUAAAGUACUACCAGUGGCACUUGUGUCUAUCCACGGUGAAAUUUUUCACCAAGCAGUUUUUUUACAAUACGAAUAUAACGUCCUUCCUGGAUUAUUUCAAUUCGCUCAUUUAUUUCUACUUCAAUCAGAUGUAUGUUUUGUCCAAGUGUGAGCAGAAUUAUUCAAAUUUGUUUAUUGCUCGUUUGAGUAAUUUCCUCUACGACAGUUUUUGUGUAAAAAUUUUGUAG